GGGUCACCAGGCAUCAAGUCAUUUGGCUCGACAGCGAGCACCGCGUCAUCUGGCAAGGCAGUGGGCUCCGAGUCAACAGGCACGACAGUGGGCACCGGGUCAUCAGGUACCGGAUUGUCUGGCUCGACAGCGGGCAUCGGGUCACCAGGUAUGACAGCGGGCACUGGGUCACCAGGCAUCAGGUCAUUUGGCUUGCCAGCGGGCACCGCGUCAUCUGGCAAGGCAGUGGGCACCCGGGUCACCAGGGUCAUUGGAUCAGUCUGGCUCUCGACAGCGGGCAUCGGGUCACCAGGCAUCAGGUCAUUUGGCUCGCCAGCGGGCACCGCGUCAUCUGGCAAGGCAGUGGGCACCGAGUCACCAGGUACGACAGCGGGCUCUGAGUCAAUUGGCACGACAGCGGGCACCGGAUCAGGUACCGGAUCAUCUGGAUCAACAGCGGGCAUCGAGUCAACUGGC